AUGAGAACCGCUGAAAUUGGGCCUUAUCUCAUGUGUAUGAAGCAGUUUUUUGAAGCGUUUUCCCCGAUGGGUUUUUGGAGAAUUUUACAGAAGUUUGAAGUAUGUUCGAAACUUUCCUCGGUCAACGCAUAUGUUCAUAUGUUGGAGAGCUAGAAAGCCUGGGACAAGGAUGAAAGCACAAGUGCCCAAAUAAAGAGUUCGAAGAAGGACAGAAACAAGAAGAUCCAGAAGAAGAUUCGAAGUGAUGCAAUGAUUUUUGAGUUUCUGAGGUAAGGUGUUCAACGGGCGCGAUCCAUUCAACCAAAAUUCCAACCGGUCCGACCGGGAAAAGUGGUCCACCUCAAAAGGUGGACCAGUUUUUUCGAAACUUUUCCGGUUGGACCGAACCAGGGGGGGGCCCACGACUUAGCGAAAUUUCGUGUACCUAUGAUCCACCGAUUUAUGACAUCACAUCCGGUUGCAAAGUUGCUGCUCUGUUUUCGCGCGAGGCACAAAGAUGGACGCCCGAUGCUAUUUGGUUUCCUCGUUAUUUUUACCCACAGGCUAACGGAAUUAUGUAUCUUGAAUGCCGAGAAUGUUAAGAAGGUAUAUAGCCGGCCUUUCAAGCAAAUGUCAUGACCAAACAAAGAAGUUUUAGUAUUAUUUUAACGAUAAAUAUGAUGCAGCUGCGAGGAAUGUCAUGGCGAGUCUUGCGAUGUUUCAAAACGAGUGUCGUUAACGUUUUGCGGCUGUUGCGGCCUCUGAUUUAGAGAAGUCAUCAAUCAAAAUAUAAUUUCCUAAGCGGAAUAGAAUGGGGAAAACGCCGAUGGCCACAGUUUAAAGUGUUCACCGCUGGAAGGCUGUAUCACGCCCCGUAAAGUUGCAGAAACUUCCACUCAACUGCAUGGUUUUGAGGAAUGUCAUGGCGAGUCUUUCGCUGUUUGUAAUCGAACGUCACUUAAGAGUUUGGCUUUUGCGGCUUCUGAUUCAUCAAAGUGAUCAAUCGAAAUUGCCUAUCCUGAGCGAAAUUCCUUGGAGAAAAAGCUUAUAGUCACAGUUUAAAGUGUUAACAGCUGGAAGGCUUUAUAAACUCGACGUGAAGUUGCUGCAAGGGCUCAGUCUUCUGCUGUUCGAAGACCCUCUGGCAUGAUGUCGCAUAGUUAAGGUUAGUAGGUUUGCUGAUUUUUCUUUUAGUGCACGUGAGAGAAUUACAAGGAGCGUAGAGUAAAGAAAUAUUAGAGUUAUUCAAUGUUAGAGCGUGAGCUUUUAAUAGUUAAGAGAAUUAGAUAAUUUUUUAAAUGGUUGAUGAAAGGGGAAUUCUUAAAUAACAGGUGGUACUAUUAGAAAAGGGCAGUAAAACAUCCUAAAGAACUACCCUUUUUCUCACAGCACUUUCUACUGGAUCUCUAAAACUGUAUUUUACUGUGUAGAAAACACAAAAUGGAAAAAAUGUGACAGAGAAUAGAUCGUUUGCUUUGGGAGGUGGUGCUCCAAGAGAGGUGGAGAUGAAGGUGAAGAAGAACAAUAUUAAAACACAAACAAUAAUCUUGUUGAUCAAUUAUUACUACUAGUAGCCUUUUUUGAUUACGAUAGCGUAUCAGAAAGAUACCACAUGCCUGCAUUUACUGUGAUCAUAAUUUAUUGUUUUAGAGGGAGGAAUGCAAGGUUUUUGCUAAGGGGAUUUCAGGGGUGGUAACAGCACACCUAAGGCUGUAUGACAGAGUGCAUUGUUGCUUAUUGGGGAUUGUGAAACUUAAUGACAGCAAACUUAAUUUGCACAGAUAAGCAAAAUUGCAUUGCCAGUUAUUUUCUCUCUGUGUGGUAGGGGAUAGACAGUUCAAUAUUACAUGUGAAGGACUGGAAGUAUAUCUUUUGCCAAUUUUCCCUUGCUGAGCCUUAAAAUCUAUGUUGUAAGACAGUUUUGCAUAAGGGAUAUUUGCAUUGUUUGAAAAGUUGUAAGGAGAGGGGGUCUUCAUGGCCAAAACAAACAAAAAGUAUGUUAUAUGAAACUUGAAUGAAAUUUCUACUUGGUAGGGAGUUGUUGGGAGAAAAUGGCCUCCCUGGAAAAGGGAAGGAUAUUUUUUGUUCUGUAACAUGAAAAUUUCAUCUUAAGACUUGCUUUGUUACUAGAAACAAUACAUGUAAGCGAUUGAACCAAAAUUUGAAGGAUACUGCAUUAAUUCACUUCAGUAGAAUGGUUUUUCUGUUUCCUAAUAACAAUGUUUUUACUCUGUAACUUUUUAAUAAGGUUGACAGUGGUCUUCUUAGUUCAAACCUUUUUAGGACAAACAGUCACCCAGUGCAGCUUUGAGUGAGUCAUACAUGGACAGUAUUUUUAUUUUUCUGCUUUAUACUUCAAUUUAAAUUUUUCCUGUGUUUUUGGGUAUGAAAAUGUAUGAUAAUGAGCAUGACAGAAAGGAAACUAAAAUUAUCCAGGGAUAAAAUUGAACCAUAAUAAUAAUGAUAUACAGCUGUGUAUAAUUAGUAUGUAUACAACAGUUUUUCUUCUAGUGUUAAAGGAAAUACUGAAAUUUUAUUCACCUACUUUAUUUGAUUGAUCAAUGAUAUUAUUAUUGUUCUAAAAAAAGAAACAUCCAAAUAUUUUCAAUAAAUUAGAUGUAUGAAUUUUAGAAACGUGCAAACCAGCCCUGAGACAUUCAAGCUGUAUUUAUUUCCUUUUUCCAAAAAAAUAUCCACAUUCCUUGUUUUUGACUAACGUCCUUUAAUCCUGUAUUUGGCUCAAAAUCUUAAUGCUUAGAUUCACAAUGCAUUUUUGAUUCUUUUCCAGUAUCUACUGAAAAAUACAGUCAGAUAUAUACCAUCUCUUCUUAGUUGUAUCCUUGACAACAGGCUUUCAAUGCAAUGUCCAAGUUGUUUUAACACACAAUCCCCCAACAAGUGAAGGUCUAGGAAAUAUUGGGUAAAUGUAGAUAAUUAUAAACAUCUUUUUUGUGUCAAAAGUGUUUACACUCCUAUUUCAAUCUUCGAAUGACUUGAUUUGUAUAAAAGAGUGUUUUUUAUUGUUCAGUAGCUCUAGGCUCAAGUUCAUAUCUUGAUCCCACAUACUGAUGUAUCUUCAGUUUUAAACAGAGGUUUCAGUGGUUUCAGAACAAGCUAGUACUCCUGCUGGAGUUCCAUCCUCCCAGUCUCCAGAUUCGGCCACCUACUUUAAAACAUUUUGAAACCCCUUAAGUUUAUGUACUGACGGUGAGCUAGUAUAAUUUUACAAAGGAACCCUAUCAAAGGAUCAGAAAGGCAAGCCAAGUAGUGUAUGAUAAAGACUGAUCAUCUCAAAACCCACUCCCUAUUCCAUGGCACAUACCUGUAUAGAAGUACCAUAACCUUCUCCCUGGGUGUUAAAGUAACAGUAAAGAGGGGUUUCAGGUGUAGCCUCUUGUCUUUGUUUUAUUUUUCUGAUUUGCUACAACCUUUGCUCCUCUGUAGGGAAAGAUGGUUUGGCAAGAGAAAAGCAGAAGACAGUUUGAUCAAAGGAUUUAUUAAUUCACAUUUUGCUAUUCCAUCUGUUAAGAGGAUUUUCUAAACAGAUCAUUUAAAUAGUCUGGAAUUUAUUAAAGAUGAAAAUAAAAAUACAUGGUGUUCUUGUGGUUCGUUUAAAAGACAGCCUUAAAUAAAUUGCAGGGCUGAAAAAUGGAGUUGUAAAUAAGCUCAUCUGGCUAUGUUAAUUUUUGAUCAUCUUUUUUCCAUCAAAUUUAAUUACUAGUAAAAACCUGCAACUAAGAACCUGUAUUUUCCCAAGUUAGCCUAAACAAGUCAGGUUCUUACAGAAAAACUAAUAAGCACAGAUUUAGUUUAUUUAGGUUCAGUCUCAAAUAGGUCCUUAUUUUCUGAAAAAAAAAAUACUUUGUAGCUUUGAGCUAAAAGUAUUUAGUGGCAUUCAGCUCUUUCCUUAGUAUAUGUAAAACCUGUAUGCCAUCACACUGCAGUCGGAGUAAUAAUAAAUAUUAUUAGACACCUAUGUCUCAAAAGAGGACACUGAAUGUUGACUUAUCUUACUUUCCCACGUGUACACUGUGCAGAAGUUUUUUCUAAGAGAUUUUAUAAAUAAUGGUAAUAGGACUGAGGGGAGUCCAAUUCAGUCUGUAAUCAUACAAGUGUUACAAACUUGAACAACCGCGAAGCAGGAGUCAGAUUUGUUUAAUCGUGAGUGUGAUUACAGUUUAAAUUGGACGACACAAAGUCCUGUUACCAGUUAAUUAUAACCGUUACAAAUUCCAAGAAAAUAGAUGCAUUCCUUUUUGGUGAAAGAGUGUUUGUUCAUACCAAAUGUCCAAAAUAAGGGAAAAUAUCACUGGUCGAGACACUGCCUAAAUGUUGCAUAUUCAUCCAUUUUGGAUUAAUCCCCAGUUUGUUUGGGUAAGUGAUUGUUGCUAUGGUUAUCGUGAUAACUUCUGUGAUUGGUGGAUUUAGCUGAGUGCAUUUAAUAUGAUUGGCUAACAUAACUGUCCGAUUACAGGCAACUAUAAACAAUGAUUAAAGAAAAAUAAAGCAGUUAAUACACCAAUCAAAUUUGAGGAAAAUGUAAUGGUUAUGAUCAAUAACCUGUUUCAAAUUUGAGUGCUCUUUUAUAAAGACAGCCUAACUGGAAAAUUUUAGCCUGACAGGUUCUUAUAAACCAGUUUCUUAGUUGUGGAUUUUUCCUGUAUCCUUGUUGAGCUUAAUACUGCACAUCACUAUGCUGGGUGUCAGCCAAUCCCUUUUUUGUUUCUCCAUGUCAAUGAGGUCAGAUAGGGUUUUACAUUUAUUUUGGUCUUCUAGACCAUGGUGCCUUUAAUAGAAAGCUUUCUUCUCCUAAUCAGGAUCAUAUUAACAAUCCUUUACCCUGACUGAUUAAUCAAGGGAUGAAGAACACUGAGGGAUGAAGUUGUCAUAACACAACCACCAACUCCUUUCCACAGGAGGAACAGAAUGCUUAGGGAUGGAAAAUUAAAUAAACAUGAGAAACUGAUUGAAGUAUAGAGAGUAUUCACAUGAUGUCACGGUGGCCAUAUUGGUGUCCCAAAACAAUGAAACAGAGACCAUGUUGGUGUCCCAAACUAAUAAGCCACGUGAGUGAAUACUCUAUUAAAUUCAAGGUUAGUUUUGUUUCCUAUAGUUGCAUCUAGGGUGUUUACCUUCUUAUCUCCAAGGGAAAUAUGUGCAGCACAGCCUCCCCCCCCUCCAGAAACCUUGAUUUCUUCAAAGCUGCUUAGUGCAAGAUCAUUAGUUUCAGUCUUUCCUGUGAAGUUUUUUAAGUCUUACAAAAAAAACUACCGUUAACACAGUCGUCUAGUUAAACUUUGCUGAUCCCUGACAAGAAAGUGAAUGUCAGGGAAACAGACACUUAGCCUUGAGGUCCUUAAAAGAGAGUUGGCAUGUAAAGUCAGGAGAUGUCUUACCAAGGACGAGCUUCGAAGCACACUACUGUACACUGGCCUAGACACUGUCAGAGGAUUCCACCUAAACAGAAUUGACAUCCUGAACCAGCUCAACAUGAUUUCAGUGUCUUCUGUUGCUGCAGAUUUUCCGUAAACCAGAAAAGUGUAUUCCUCGAAAUGUCAGCAUUCUUCCUUCCUUUUAAGAGUGGUUGUCAGAGAAAACCGGGCAAAAUGUUAAAAAUGUCAACGGAAGGGGGUCAACAGAAUAAGUUCAUACUAACAUCAUAGAUAGGUCUGGUGGAGUAAUGGACAAAUAUACCAAACAUAGGUUCUUCACUGCCCUUGUAUUAGAGAUACGAGCAUCACUUUAUUCGACCCCCUCGGACGCCAUUUUUAUAAGCAAAUUUUCACCAUUUUCUGAAACUCACAGAACCCUCAAAAUUUAACGAGCGAAGUUUAUUUUUUGUAUGCGAUUCAACACAUCACAGAACUACUUUCUAAAACCAUAAGAUUUGUUAAGCAUCCACGGACAAGACUAAAAUUUUCUUAUUUUAUCUGACCUAAACUCAGUGUCUGCAAACGAGCAAAAAAUCGGGCAUAUUUGAAUUGAUCUACAGCGCACAACUAAAACGACAGAACAACGCUGGCAGCCAAAUUGCAGUCUACUAUCAUCCAUGUUACCAAAACACUAAUAAUCAUUUUGGGCCAUUGAAACAGGAAGAAAUUAGAACACUCACAUUUGUUAUAGUUUCCAAGCUUUUUCUUGUAAACAGGCCGAUCCCUUCGUGUUAGUUUUAAGUCCUCUUCGUGAAUUUUCCUUCACAUGUCGCUGUAAAGUAUGUUCAGCAGCUGAAGGACAUAUCAAAAAGCUCGAAAUACUGCCUAGGUUACAUUUUGAAAGGGCAAAAAGUGCUGAACGAUAGGAUGAAACUAGAAAAUAACAAAGCGACGCCAUCUUGAAAAUUCAGCACUCAGGAGAGACUGGCACUAGUAGCUGCCUUGUCCACAAGUGAAUUACCAAACAAAUAAAAAGCAAAAACAAACAAACCGGCUUAUCAGCGACCUAUUACAGUCCUAUUUCUUCUUCAGUUACAGUGAAACCUGUAUUAAGCGGACACUCUCGGGGAAUGCUGUGGUGUUCGCUUAAUACAGGGUGUCCGCCUAAUACAGGUUUCGAUAUAUAACGUCAUAUGAGGUGUCAAAUGCCAUUCAAACGAACAGUGGAAGCUUUUAUAAUACUCCCAGAGCUCUCCCAGAGACUAUGACGAUAGACAUUUGCAUUAAUUUCUUUAUCAAAGUGAACCAAUUGAUCAUAGUACCAUAAACAUCGAUUGCAACUCAAAUUUGAAGAAAUCAGAUGAGUGAAACAAGCUCUAUACAAACAAAACGAAAUAGGAAACAAUCCUGUACUGUGGAACUAAUGACAUAAGUUCGUUAAGUCACGAAAUCGAAAAAUUUGUGGGUGGCAAUUCGAGGCAAUCAUUCGCAUUUCCGGUGUCUGGCGUGUUGGGUGGUGGAAUUUAAUUACAAGUGUCCGUUUAAUACAGGUUGGCAACAAUAGAAAUGACCAUUUCGGGUACUUUUUAGGUGUCCGCGUCCGCUUAAUGGAGGUGUCCGCUUAAUAAAGGUUUCAUUUAAAGUAAAUAAGAGAAAUAAAUUUGGGGACUUCGGCUACUGUCCGCUUAAUAGAGGAUGUCCGCUUAAUACGGUGUCCGCUUAAUACAGGUUUCACUGUACUACUUUUAGUUAAAUUGUAUAGUCGUUUUUUUUUUCGGCGGAGUGAUGGGGUGUGGUGAACAGGUGACCAAUUGACAUUACUUUAUUCAGUCUUCAUCUGCUCUUCAUUCACUUCAUUUUGAGUUAUCCCAUUUAAGUCUUCGCGUUUCUUUGGACUCUUUAUUGUAUCAUUUAUUUUUGCGUCAGUCUUCAAUCACUGUGCAUGUCCGAUAAGGUCCACUCAUCUCCUGUUCAUGAUUUCAUGAUGCACAGUUUCAUAGUCCGGAAGGCUUCGCCCGAAGGGUACCUCUUUCAAGCAUCAGGUGUAUCAAAGGGUAGCUAGGCAAGUUGAAGUAUGUGACAGAAGAGGAAAAUCUUUGAUUAAGUAUUUUAAAGAGCCUAUUAUUAAAAUGGUUCGAAGAAACACGCCUUAUGGCAAUAUCAUUUACAUGUUAAGGUUAUUCGAAAAUGACCGGAAGACCUCCUGCUUACCGAUUUAUUCUCACGAAGCAGAUAUAAAGGGUACAACUUUUUAAUGGAAGAUACACGAAAGGGGUACCUUUUGUCAAAAAUAGUAUAUUUAAGGGUAAGCGACUGGACCUCGGGGCGAAGCCUUUCCGAACAAAGCUUUAUUGAGUAGCCUACACCCCCCCCCCCCCCUUCUCCCUAAAGCUUUCCACAAGUUGCUCGCCAACUUUUUCGCAACUUGUAGUAUUUCGAGCAACUUUUUACAUAAUUUCUGAGCAAUUUCUCUUACUAGUUUUCUUCCAAUUCUGUUCCUCUGUGCCCACUGUUCCUCUGUGCCCACUGUAUUCUUCGGUGUAUGAAUGAUUAAUUAUUUCAACUCUCGAUAUAUGAAUGAUUAACGAUUUCAACUUUCGGUAUAUGAGGAACAACCCCAAUUCUGAGCAGAUUUUAGUGCUUAAAGUGGCCUUGCUUCCAUAUUGCACAAUGUUUUAGUAGACAAUUUAUGAAUUUCCUAUGAAAAAGGAGCCAGAUCCUCAACCCUUGGGGGUAGAUGAUGGGCGCAAGAUGCAGCCGGGCUGCUAGGUCAGAGGUUUUUUUGAACAAAAUUCAAAAUGGCGGACGUCGAUUCACACUUGACUGACACGAGUGUCUGAGGUGAAGAAGGUCAUUCAACAGUUUUAAUGGAUCAUACUGGAAUUUUUACAAGAUUAAUAUUAAUAUUGAUGUGUAGUCUUUACUCAUACAUUUUUUUAAAAUUGUGGUUUACGGACUCCUGAUGGCGGACAGAGUUAUCUAGCAACGCUAAUUACGCUGAAAAAUUGCACAAAAUUACAUUUUUAUACUCUACCAGGAGCCAUAGAUAUAUAUUUAAGUCGGGGUAGUAGACCGUAACUGGAUACUUUUUCCAGGGAUGGGGCUGACCUCAUCGAAAUAUAUAUCAUAGCCAUUAAAUGUACUAUUUUUAGCACAUUUUGUGCUUUCUUGUGUGACUCGCGCGCGCAUUUUUUGCAACAGCGCCGUGGAAAGGAUUAACAAACGAAAUGCCGUUGGAAAUUACCUCCGUACGGCAGAUGAAUAAAUUCCGUUUCUGUCAUCAUUGCCUCCUCUGAAUUUAAGGCAAGACCUUGACAAUUACUCUAAAUGUGAGGACUGUGAACAUUAUUCUGCUUGUGUUAAACACCAUAGUGAGAGUGUUUUUGACAAAUCUAGUGACGAAGAGAUGUAGGAGAUGUCAAAACUCGGGUUAACACUCAGACCCCUUUUAAUAAUUUUUGAACUGCCAAAAACUUGCAUGGAUCCGCCUUUUCUUUACAUGCGACCCGCGGAACCGUAAAGUUUUUGAGCUUCAAAUAGAAUUGCAAUCUAUGGAGAAUUUGCACGUUCCCUCUAAACAGGUUGCACGGGUAAAAAAUUCAUCCGAACCCGUGGCGUUUAGCUUGUGUGGACCGUGCAAAGAGCAUACUGAAAAAGAAGUGAGCAGGAAAAACAAUGAGGGGAAGGGGUACGGAGUGAGAGCCGUAGGAACUCUUGUAAUGGUACUUUUAAACGAAAGCUCCUUCCGGAUCCUUCCGGUAAACCAGAUUCUGGUAAACCCUUUGAAUGGUUUAUUUUGACAGCUCUUGUCAACAGUCUAUUACCUUAUGGAAAUGCGAAGUGAUAGCGAUGAGAUCAUCAGUUAGAAGGCUUACUUUCAAACCCGGGGAGGACUCCGCAUACGGUUCCGCGGAGAAGUUUUGCCUUUCAAGGGGCUCUAUUUUACAAUACUUUACCUUGACAUUUGAGAAAUUUAAUUUCUAGGUUUCUUUUAAAGAGUAAUUUAAAAGAGUUUUUCAAUAGUAUUCCAUAAUUCACAACUCUUUUCAGCCUUAUAAGUCAAUAAUUUUUACAGAUUUUGAAUUUUGAAUCUUAAAUUUCGUAGUGUUAUUUUAUUUUCCUCUUUCGAUUUUCUUUUUAGUUUUUAGCUAUUUAUGAGAUAAUUACAGGACCCUUUUGAUAACAGCUCUUUUUAUUAGAACUGAUAGGUUAUCCUGUAUAAAUAUUCGCGUUAUUAUUACAGUCUCAGGUGUGUAUCGUAGGAUUCAGUAAAUUGAUGCUCGUCGCAAAUUUUGAAUUAAACCCCUAAAGGAGACCGAUCUGGGCGUGGCCCAAGCUUUUUUUGAUCCCUAAAAGAGACCAUGUUGAAACACAGACAAAUGAGAAGACUUGGAUGAUUUGAAUGGAGUAAAUAAAACGAAUUAAAAAUAUACAUAUCAAAUAUAUAUUUUAUCUUUUUUCGCGUGCUACCCUAAACGAGACCUUCACGGCUAAAUAUGAUGGCGUUUUGCCCAGAACACCCUAAAUGAGACCAAAAUCCGAAAUUUACACCCCUAAGCGAGACGACGAGCAUCCCCACCACUUUCAUAUGCGGAGUGCCAAACCUCCCUCCCCGCUGUCUUGGCCGCUUUGCGGCGUAAAAUGCCCGCUCCGCACGCUGAUUCAACUGUUUAUUUUAUGUGAUAAAAAUUAUUGCAAAUUUUACAGCAAGCAAUAUCCACUGCCCGUAGUUAGCUCGCUCGCUUAGAAACUCGCGAGGUUGAUAUAUAGCAAGUCUAGCUAGCUUCCAUAAGAGUGAAGUUAAGUGAUUCAUAAAGAGACAAAAUAGAUCUUUAAUAUUAUCUACAUUCACGGGACACCUCGAAAUGAGGAGGGAAUGAAGCAAUGCCAGUUAAUCACCAAUUAGCCUGCGAUCAGGCGUUCUUCUUCUUUUUUCCUUUGAAAGAAAAACAAGCUAAAUUCAACUUAAAGAAGUAAUUGAAGAAGAAAUAAGACUGGAGUAGGUCGCUGAUAAGCUGGUUUAUUUGUUUUUUGUUUUUUAUCUUACUGGUAAUUACAGGAGCCCAUAAGCUCCUGGUAAUAGUUCGUAAUAGCCAACGUUCGAUAAAGAAACUUCUUAUAUGAAUCCAAGGCUUUCUGGUUACAUUUCUGUAUUAGGUUUGGUUUUCUAUGUGCUUAGUCGAUGUUUUUUACAGAUUUUGAUUUUUAAAUCUUAGAUUUCUUAGUGUUAUUUUAUUUUAUUUUCCUUUUUUGAUUUUCUUCUUUAUUUUUUAGCUAUUUAUGAGAUAAUUACAGGACCCUUUUGAUAACAGUUCUUUUUAUCAGAACUGAUAGGUUAUCCUGUAUACAUAUACGCGUUAUUAUUAUUAUUAUUAUUAUUAUUAUUAUUAUUAACUCUCUUUUGGGAAUUACGAGACAAUUGAGUCGUGAAAAAUUCGCAAUUUUUGUCCUCACAAGAUAUUGAACGCAGCUACUAGUGCCAGUCCCUCCUGAGUGCUGAAUUUUCAAGAUGGCGUCGCUUUGUUAUUUUCUAGUUUCAUCCUAUCGUUCAGCACUUUUUGCCCUUUCAAAAUGUUACCUAGGCAGUAUUUCGAGCUUUUUGAUAUGUCCUCCAGCUUCUGAACAUACUUUACAGCGAAAUAUGAAGGAAAAUUCACGAAGAGGACUUAAAACAAACACGAAGGGAUCGGCCUGUUUACAAGAAAAAGCUUGGAAACUAUAACAAAUGUGAGUUUUCUAAUUUCUUCCUGUUUCAAUGGCCCAAAAUGAUUAUUAGUGUUUUGGUUACAUGGAUGAUAGUAGACUGCAAUUUGGCUGUCAGCGUUGUUCUGUCGUUUUAGUUGUGCGCUGUAGAUCAAUUCAAAAAUGCCCGAUUUUUUGCUCGUUUGCAGACACUGAGUUUAGGUCAGAUAAAAUAAGAAAAUUUUAGUCUUGUCCGUGGAUGCUUAACAAAUCUUAUGGUUUUAGAAAGUAGUUCUGUGAUGUGUUGUAUCGCAUACAAAAAAUAAACUUCGCUCGUUAAAUUUGGAAGGUUCUGUGAGUUUCAGAAAAUGGUGAAAAUUUGCUUAUAAAAAUGGCGUCCGAGGGGGUCGAAUAACGUGAUGCUCGUAUCUCUAAUACAAGAGCAGUGAAGAACCUAUGUUUGUUAUAUUUGUCCAUUACUCGACCAGACCUAUCUAUGAUGUUAGUAUGAACUUAUUCUGUUGACCCCCUUCCGUUGACAUUUUUAACAUUUUGCCCUGUUUUCUCUGACAACCACUCUUAACUUAUUUGACAGUGAGUUGUACUUAACAUUAAUGUUUUGUGGCUCUGUAACAACAUUUCUGUCCUGAUGGACUUUCACCUCUAUUUACGAGUUGUGUGGUAGAUAUACUUUUUAAUACUUCUUAAUAUUCUCUUGUUUGUGCUCUUCUGUCAUCUAUUUUUGUCUUCCCAGCUAAGCAAAAUAAAAUACAUAAUUUAAACAUUAAUGCCCAGAGGACUAACCUGUGCCACAGACAGAACUAAACUUCUGGUUAAGUCCCCCUGUGAGACAGCACUGAAAUCCUGCUUCUGGGCACCCCGUGGCCCACCUGUGAACUAGCACUUGCAUAUGUGCUAUGAUUGGCCUCUUAAAAAUACCAUUGUCAGUGUGCCAAUCAGGUUGAAGGGAAUAUCGAAACACAUUCGGAUUGGCAGCCCAGAAUAUUGGCACGGCUUUGCAGAUGUUACUAACUGGCAAAAGAUUAUGUCUGCGACACAGGCUACACCGACAACCAGACUUACAGUGUAGGAUUUAAAUAUAUAUUGUUUAUAAAUUCAAAAGUAAGCAUAUAUUGAAGUCUUUAAAAAUACACAAAAUUUAUUUUUUAUACCUUAGAUAAUCGUCAGAUAAAAUAAGGUGCAGUACAGCAUUAUGAAUGACCCUAGCUAACUGACACUUAAUUCAUAAUAAUUACCAAGCCAAAAUAUGUGUUUUGCUCCAGGAAACUUCUAAUGUGUUCUAAAGUAACUAGACCUCUUAUUGAGUCUCAUUUUACAGCUCUAGUGAUCCCUUCAGAACUUCAAACCUCUAAAACAGUUGAAACAGCUGUUUUCUUUUUUCACUUUAAUUACAUUCUUUCUUAAUUUACUAAUUAAUUGCAUAACUAUAAUCACUGUAAAUCGUGGUUUUUUUUUUCAACUGUAAAGGUCAAGAACCAAUCCACACAUGUUCGGGAGCGAUACAUUUUUAAAUAAGUGUUGUAGUUAUCAGUUAAGAUAAGGAGUAAUUUCAAACUAGUCAUUUUAACAAUAUGACUAGUAGUGCAUAAGGGUUUCUUUUCAUGUAUGUUACACUUGCAAGCUUAGAAAAAAAGGAAGGGCACAAACUUUCUUGAUUUCUCUCAGAUAAUGGCAAAUUGGACUACUUUUGGGCUUAACUCUUGUUCUAAACAUAAAUCUUCAAAGGCUAAAAACUCUUUAAAUGCUAAAAAUCCAACACUAACCUUCCAGAAGCUCGCAACAUGUGACCGUUUCGAAAUCAGUUGAGUAGAGCUUUCAGCAACUUUACGUCAACUGGCAAAGCCUUCCAGCUGUUAACACAGAAACUGUGACCAUAGGCUUUUUCUCCACGCUACUUCGCUCAGGAUAGGGUAUUUUGAUUGAUGACUUCGGUGAAUCAGAAGAUUCAAAAGCUAAAAUCUUGAGUGACGCUCGAUUAGACACAGAGAAAGACUCACCAUUACAUUGCUCAAACCGUACAGUCGAGAAGAGCUUUGAGCAACUUUACGACGAGUGAUAAAGCCUUCCAGCAAUCAACACUUUAAACUGUGACUAUCAGCUUUUUCUCCAUUCUAUUCCACUCAGGAUAGGCUAUUUUGUUUGACAAUCUCGGUAAAUCAGAAGCUACAACAGCCAACCCUUUGAGCGGACACUCGUUUUGAAACAGCGAAAGACUCGCCAUGACAGGACAGUUGGGUAGAGCUUUCAGCAACUUUACGUCCAGUGAUAACGCCUUCAAGCAGUUGACACUUUAAACUAUGACCACCGGCGUUUUGCUCAUUCCAUUCCGCUCAGGAUAGGCAAUUUUGAUUGAUGACUUCGAUGAAUCAGAAGCCGCAAAAGCCAAACUCUUGAGUGACGCUCGAUUACAAAGAGCGAAAGACUCGCCAUGACAUUCCUCAAAACCAGGCAGUUGAGUAGAAGAUUUUGCAACUUUACGGGGCGUGAUACAGCCUUCCAGCGGUGAACACUUUAAACUGUGGCCAUCGGCGUUUUCCCCUUUCUUUUCCGCUCAGGAAAUUAUAUUUUGUUUGAUGACUUCUCUAAAUCAGACGCCGCAAAAGCCGCAAAACGUUAACGACACUCGUUUUGAAACAUCGUAAGACUCGCCAUGACAUUCCCCGCAGUUGCAUGAUAUUUAUCGUUAAAAUAAUACUAAAACUUCUUUGUUUGGUCAUGACAUUUGCUUGAAAGGCCGGCUAGAUACCUUCUCAACAUUCUCAGCAUUCAAGAUACAUAAUUCCGUUAGCCUGUGGGUUAAAAUAACGAGAAAACCAAAUGGCAUCGGGCGUCCAUCUUGGUGCUUCGUGCGAAAACAGAGCAGCAACUCUGCAACCGGAUGUGAUGUCAUAAAUCGGUGGAUCAUAGGUACACGAAACAAGUACUAGGCGCUAUUGGAGUCGUGGGCCCCCCCCUGGACCGAACCGAUCCAUUGAGUUUUGGACCGAAAUUUCCGGAAGUUUUGGUUUAAUGGAUCGCGCCCGUUAUUUGCAGUUCUUUCAAAAGGCUUUUUUAUAUAAAGGAUUAGAGUCAUAGUACAGAUGAGCUCAAGCUAAGCUAGGCUAGCUGUUUUUAUAGAUCUUGGAAGUUGUGAGCUUUUUUGAUUUUGCUGCAAAUGGUAAGUUAACUUACCGAACCGGGCAUGUAAAAAAUGACCGUAACAAGACAAAAAAAUGAAGCAUUGUUCAUGGGGAUUUUGAAGCCUUCCUUUAGAAAAUAAUUUAUAAACACUUGAUUUUAGAAAAUGAGAACCUGUAUAUUUGUAUGAGGGCCCUCAAAUUAGCAAAUUUAGGGAUUAGUGCAGUCAUUCAGGCAGCCGACUGCAUGACUCCCUGAAAGUGUCUAACAAUGUGGAAAUUCACUGUGGAUGUAUUGUGCUUUUGAUUAGGAAGAUGACGCUGUUAGACGUUUUUGGAUCAAAAUUCUGCAAGAAAUGUGAGUGCAGUUUAGCCUAAUUUCAAUUUUUUAUUCGGUCAACUCUCUAAGAUAGACACCUCUGAGAUCAGAAAAAAAAGGGGUCUGUCUUAAAGGAGCUGGGUCACGAAAUUCAGCCAAAUUAGGAAACUACAAAAUGCUCGUUAAAACUUUAAAGGAAGGUUAAUAUAACGUAACAGAAACAACAGAUGCCACGGAUGGGCACAACUGAAGAAGAUUGAAACGGAUUGAAAUUAGGGUUUUUGAAAACUGUUCAGCCUAACAGUUUUUCAAAGUUGAUCCCUGCUGCUUGCAACUUCAAAAAUAAUGCUCAGGAGACAUAUUUGUUUGUCACGGAUCUCUGAAUUUGUCAUUUACAUGUAAUUUCUUUGCUUACUUUAAGUUCUAUAGCGAUUGAGGGGAGUGAUUGGCAAAAUUAAACAAAAUGAACUGGACUGCCGUGACACAGCCCCUUUAAAGAGAUGUCUGGGAGUAAAGCAGAGCAGGGACCAGCUCUAGGUGUCCAAUUUAUGGUGUAGAGAGAUGUCUGUUAAGGGAUUUUGUAUUUUAAAAUAAAGCAUGAGUGCUACAGUAGUCUUACAAUAUUGUAGAAAGAGGCCUUUUUGUGGGUGUGAGGGUACAUAUGUCCCUAUUCAAUUUACUGAAUUGACUGAAUUUUUUGCAUUUUUGCAUAACUUUCAGUAUUCAGCCCAUCGUUAAUUGUGUUUGAUAUCAUUUAGUCUUCUGUUGCUGUUUCAAGGCGAGGUUGCUUAUAAAAAUUUUACCCUAUCAGAGCCUCUAGAAGGUGGGCUAUUCCAAUAUUACAGAUAAAAUGUUAACCUACAAAGAAAUACUGAUACCAGUGGGGUUAAUGUUUUCAUACUCACACAUUGAAUACGUUGUGGCCCGCUUAAGGCAGCACACAGAAACUUUUGGUAUACAGCUAAACCCCAUGACUCAGAACCUGGAUUUUAAGAGCCUGUUAGGCCGAAAAUGAGCCAGUUAAGGCCCCCCCUAUAUAAGAACCUGUUUAGCCUAAAAUUUGAAACAGGUUCUUAUCUUCUAAAAUCUAUGGAAAAAAUUCUGUACACUUAGGUAAAUAUCAGAUUAGUCAACAUUCAGAAUGCUCUUUGGAGACAUAGGUGCCUUGUCACUCCAACUGAAAUUUAUAUGCCAAUGACGUCAAUGCUUUAGUUCCUCUUUUUAAUUUAUAGUCAUUUUUACAUAACUUCUAAUUUGGUAUGCAGUUUUUUUUUCCUGGGAGAGGGUGUCUGUACAAAGUGUCAAGGCCACCACAUUGUCACUGCAUGAGCAUUGUGUGACAUAGCAUCUCAUGUAAGAGUUAAACAAACUUAUCUGAACAUUGUACCCUUUUGAAAGACUUUCGUAACAAGAAAAAUGAGUACCAUUUUUAAAUCGGGGCUGUAACUUUUCAAAUUCCACCAUUAUGAAUAAAAGAAAGUAAGUAAGCCAUUCUAAGCAGGAAACAAUAAGCGCACGCACCCCUCCUCCAAUCCUUCUGCCCCCCAAAAUAAAGUGUUACAGUAUUACGUGACUGAUUUGACCUAACCAGAAAUUCCAAAAAUAUUGUCGUUCUACAGGUCAUAAAACGCCGUUAACAAGCAGUACAUUUCUCAAUUCUGGUUCUUAAAACUAACAAGGCAAAUUAAAUUUAAGUUUCAUUUUUGUCUGAUAUUGCAUGUAAAGCCUUUCUUCUUUCUUUCUUUCUUUCUUUCUUUCUUUUAUAGGCAGUGUGAAAAGAGGCAAAUAAAAAGAACUUUGAUCCAUUAUGUAGUUUCAGGUUGAUUAUCAAACUAUUAUUAAAAUAAUGAAGCAGCUGUGCAUGCUGAAGACCUUACACAAAAUAAUGUACUCAUACAGUGUAUAACAAAAAUCUACACUGCUUGGUUUGGUCUGUUUUAUGAAGAAUAGUGCACUGCGAGGGUACCACAUUUUAGCUGAAUUAUAUAUGCUAAAAUGUAGAUUUUUCAAUAGGUGAGUUAGAUAGAAUUCACUCUCCCUCCCUGGUUAAAUAUCCAGUAUUAAAUACCUUUAUUAUUCUCAGCUUUUUUCUGCAAAAAUUUGUCUCAUUUUUUUUUCUGUAACCUAGCCUCCCUCACAGUAUUUGUAGGGGAAUUGUACAGUAUAUCCUCCCUUCCCACAAAAUGUCUGCUUAACCGACAUCAACAUUUCUAAUUUCCAUGUGGUACAUGUAACCAAUCAACAGUGAGAGGUAUUAUCUUUAAUUUUUCCAAACUUCUGCCUUAAGAGCUGUGGGCACUGUGUAGUGAGUAAAAAGCAAUUUAUUACUCUGCUAAGUGUGACAAACUCCUUUGUUCAACUUUAAUUUUGUAUGUUUCCUUUCUUUAAAGUGGAAUUAUAUUAACAGGAAUUCUGCCAAAUUUCAUCAGAUUCUAAUGAGUAGAUUUUGAUAUUUUGUCAUUUGUUAACAUAGCCUAUGAAAGUCAACAAGAGUAUAUGUACAAUAUGCCCAAAACUUGUGCAAGCACUGAGAUCACCAUGUGAUAUGAGAAAGUGAUGAAAACUGAAUAAAUUUGUUCUGACAAUUUCUGGGCAUUUUUCGCAGCUGGCCCUCAAUUUUUUUCUUGAAAAUCCCAUUAGCUUCAAUGUUCUCUUGAUAAAGAUGUAUCAGGGAGUCUUUUAGUGGAUGCAGCUUUAUGUAAUAGAAAGUGCAUGUGUUCAACUUCCUGUACUAAAAGCUUCAAAAAACUCUAACAAAUUGGGAAAAAAAAUAAUAGAAUCCAUCAGUAAGGAGAUCUGUGCAAUUCACUAAGAAUAAAGUUGUUGAGAUUGGACGGGAAACAUACAAUUCACAAGACAAAGCAACCUUCAACGGCAAAGUCUUGACACAUGGGCUUCUUAUACUUCUUAAUAUAAUACUGUUCAGAAUUAAAUGCAGACUUCUGCCAAUUGCUGCUUUGUCCUGAUAGCACAAACUCACAUCUUGUCAAUGAUUAUUUAUUGUGAGGAUAUCUUUGUUCAUUUGUAUACUACUGUACACACUCUCUGUAACUGUAUAGAUACAUGUAAUAACAGUUCUCUUGUCCAUGAAUUUUAGAAUGUUAAUUUGAAUAAAAAAAACAGUUCUUGAGUUAUAUUUUCUUUUUAUUUUCAUUUUUUGUACAGGCAUGAACGAAACCAGGGAUUAAAAGAAGCAAACAAAGUCUUGGAUUGGCUGGUAAGCUUCAUUCAUAUGUAUUUUCCCUGUAAUGCUCUAAUGGUUAAAUAAUUUAUUGUUCUUUGUUUAAAUGUUGCCUUUUUUUAUGCAGGGCUCGAAAUUCACGGUAACCCGUUAACCAACGGUUAGUAAUUUUCAACGUUUGGUUACUAAACAUGUGUCCAACUAACCUGACAUGGUUAGUAAAAAUUUUCUUAAAUAUUUAAAUUAUGUUAUGGAAAUAACCUUUUUACAAGUAAAUGUUAAUUUUUAGGAACGAUUUUUGUGUUGUUUUCUUGCAUGAGAUUGUUUUCUGUCUCAACAAUUUGUUCUCGCCAUCUUUGCGAUCGAAUCGAACUUUUCAGACCUUUUGAGCGCUAAGGCCCUGGAGACGAGUUUGUGUCGAAUGUGGGGAUCUGGACACUACAAUAUCGGAUCCGCCAUCUUCGCUUCGAAAUUACUGUUUGCGAGGUUAACUGGCUGUUUGCCAUUGAAUUAUGCAGAGUUCUUUGGAUAGAUUUAUUAGAAAAAGGCAGGCUCCAGCUGAAAGUAACUGUGGUGAAGAAGAAGAAUGUCAAGAAAAGAAACCAAAGACAACGGAAGAUAUGGAAGACUCGAGCUCCCGGAAGCGUUACGAAGAAAAGAGGAAACAAGAGGGCCGAUCAUUUCAACAGGAGUGGAAGAAAACAUUUGGGUGGCUUCAGUUCGACAAGACUAAGGUCACCAUGCAAUUUCAACUACUUUUUAAUUUGUUCUAGUGGUUAUUGACAAAAUGUUCAAUAUUUGAGAUUUCAAGAUUGUCAAGAUUUUUUAGUUGUGAGCUUGGAUACCAAACUUUAUAAUUUGGUUAGUAAAAAACAUAUUUACUAACCCAAAGGGUUAGUGAUCCAAAAAUUAAAUUCGAGCCCUGUUUUAUGGUGUGCAUGAAAAAUGCAUUAGCAAAGAAUAGUAACUACUAGAUAAAGUUAUGGUAAGAUGAUUUAUCACUCAAAAUCUUGUGCCAGCCUAGUGAAACAUCUUGGUGGCUGUUGAUUGGGUUCGAGAAGUAUUUAGAAGUUGUGCAAAAUUUUCAUCUGAUCACAUACAACAAAGAAGGUCUACCAGGAAAAGAAUUAUGCAUUUUUUCUGGAGACUGACUUUUCACAGAGGACACUUGCUGUCAUUAAAUUCUCAACAACAUCAAAACUCUCAGAGACUCUGCACAAUUUUAUGAUUAGUGUAACAAUAGCAGUCUCAAACGCUUAAUAAGGACAAACUCAUCUGGACGAGGUUGACAGCUUCAAAUAUCUGGGCGCAAUCGUCACAGAUCAGAGUUCCAAGCCUGAAGUACUGUCCAGAAUUGCACAGACAACAGCAGCACUAGCGAGGCUGAAGACCAUCUGGAGUGAUAAGUAUAUCUCUCUAAGCUCAAAGAUCAGACUAAUGCGCUCCCUAGUUAUCUCUGUACUAUUAUACGCCUGCGAAACCUGGACAUUGACAGCGGACAUCCUGAAGAAAUUGCAGGCCACUGAGUUGAGAUGCUUUCGGAAACUGCUUGGCAUCUCAUACAGAGAUCACGUCACUAACGAUGCAGUCAGAGAAAGAAUCAGGCAAGCCAUUCGGCCCUAUGAUGAUAUCUUAACCACUGUAAAGAAACGCAAGUUAAAGUGGUUUGGGCAUGUAUCAAGAUCAGUACAUUACUACAAAGCCUUCGGUUGGGUCACUCUCACUGAAGUACUUGAGCACAGGCACUUUGGAGACAGCAUCUUUUAUCUUAUCAAAGGUAUCUUUCUGUUUGUGAGUCCAAUUCCAUUCAGCUUUCUUGUGUGUUAGACGGCACAGUGGCUCACACAGUUCUGAUAGGUCUUGUAGGAACUUAGACGGAUACUUCACAAGCCCAAAGAAUCUCUGCCGGUCGCUCCAUCUUAAUUAUUGCUUUGACUUUUUUAGGAUCUUCUUUAAGCCCAUUCCUUGUCACUACAUCCCCGAUAAAUGACACGUCACUGCACUUUAAAUGGAACUUCUCCUUGUUCAGCUUGAUAUUUGUUGCUCUGCAACGAUCGAGGAGGUUCGUCAGAUUUUGGUUGUGGUCACGGUCAGCCUUUUCAUCAGUGUCCACCAUUCCAAUGAUAAGUAGCAGCACCUAAUGAAAUUAAUGUGUGGACAGCAAGUUCUACUAACCUCUUCUAGUCCUGCUACAUGUGCUAGGUCGUCUGUGAAUUCAAGCUUGGUAAGAUCUCGCAUACAGUAGGUUGUCUUCUGCUCUGACUACGCUGAUUCGGUAGACCUCACUUAUUUAGUCUGUUGAGGAACAGAUGCAGAAAGUAGUUUAGCACAAUAAUGAAAUAACAGGAGCAAGGUUGUAACCUUAGUACCUUGCUGUCUCAUCAAAGAAUGUGGUUUCUUCUCAGGACCAAUUGAGUAGUCUCAGUUUCCUCAUAUAGUGACUUUACCUCAGCAGCAAUUGGUUAAAGUUGAAGUGGAAGUGUGUCAGACAUUUCUUACCUGCUUACGUGUUCAACACUUUCCUGCCUACGUUUUCUACCUCACCUUAUUAAUAAACCUCUUUAUUAUAGACUCGAUCUUAUUUUGCAAGAAAACAUAUUCCAGUUUAGCAAACAAUUUAACCCUUGCCUUGGCAGGGCUAAAUGGCAGAAAGAUGACCACUGCUUUUUUUUAAUCUUGUGUUCUCUUAAAGGAACUCAAGUUCAGAUGAAUGUAAGAGGUUUCUUGAUAGGCAAAUAAGUUCUGCUCUAUUAUAUUGAAUUCACAGCUGCUAUGUUAGAAAAACAUUUUCCAUACUGCAAGAGUAGUGUAGGAUAUUACAAGAGACAGUACCCUACAGGAAGUUCUUUUUAUAGGUCUAUGACUGGAAAAAGUUUGAUGUUUUUGGAUCCCUAGUCAAUUAUGGGAAGUGUUCACUUACAAUGUACAAGAGUUGGUUUCACAUGGAACUUAUCAUUAUCAGUUAUGUUAUGGGGAAGGGAGGUAAGAGGCUGGGUAUUUUGAUUUUAUCAAACACAAAAUGCAGGUUCCAUGUUUACUACAUUUAGGGGUGGGUCUAGAGGUGGGAAUUUUCAGCCACAGGUGGAUAAGUCACUUUUUUACCCCAUUCUCAAAUGCUUCAUCCCACCAACCCCAUACUUAAUACCUGCCCAAUGAAGUAUCAACAGGUCCUAAUGUUGAUCCAUUAUCUUUGCAGAUUUUGUACCUAAAGAUGCUCUGUUCAGAAGGGAGGUCAGGUUUUCCAUGGACAGAACCCUGUCACAGAACAAUAUUUUCACAAAUUAAGGAACUAGAAAAGGAAAACAGUUGCGUCAUGAUAUUUGGUUCAGUAAAUCAACGUUUUGUAGUAUUGAUAUUAACAUUAGGAAAGAGAGGAUAAGGGUAGGGAUCAAAUCAUAAAGAUCUGUAAAUGUUGUAUACGAUGGUAGGCAGUCAAAAGGAAAAUUGUAUCUUUUGAUUAAAUGUUGGGUUCCUCAUAAGAGUCAGGUAAUUUUCAAAGAUACGCGAUAACAUUGCAACCAGCUUUUAUUAAACUGCUCCAAAUUCAAGAUGGCAUUUUUCCUGAAAAAUAAAUUUAUGGGCGUGAUUUCUUAAAUUUCUGUCAUUUAUCAUUCAUUAUUAAAUCAAGUGUCAAAAAAUAAACACACUUAAGGA